AUGAUGAAAAUAAACAAAUUAUUAAUAUUAGGGUUGGGGAUAUUGCUAUUUAACAAGAAUGUGGAGAUACAAUGCUACAAAAGAAGUUCUAUCAUUAAGUGUAAUAAUGCAAAUAGUCAGAAUAUAAAUAAAAGUAUUGUGAAAGAAAAAAUAUGUGAAUAUAAAAUAAAAUCUAAUGCUUUAAAAAAAUUAUAUGAAAGAAAAUUAAUUAAUUAUAUCAGUGAUUUAAAAAAUAUAGAUAAAAUAUUAUAUGAAAAUGAGCAUGAAAACGAAAAAAAAAAAUCAGUAUAUAUUGGCAUAGAUUUAAAUUGUAAAUAUCUACAUAUAGGAAGUUUAACACAAUUAAAGACAUUAGAAAUAUUAAGAAGUUACAAAACAGAUGUUAUAAUAUUACUUGGAAAUAGUACAACUCAAAUCGGUGAUCCUUCUUUUCAAUUAAAUGAAAGAAAAGAAACAUUAAAUGCUGAAAUUUGUCAAAAUGAACAAAGUAUAAAAGAAAGUAUAAUUGAUUUUAUUCUUAAUAAUGAUAACUCUGAUUUUAAUGAAAAAGAUUUGCAUAUGAAGGAAUUGUGUGGGAUAAACUUAAAUCAAAUAUCAUUUCAAGAUAUUUGUAGAAAAACAGAUUUACUUUCAAAAGACGAAAUAAUAUAUAAAUGUAGUGGGAAAGGAAAUUUACGAAUUUUAAAAAAUAAUAUAUGGUAUGAUAAAAUGAAUGUAAUUGAUUUUUUAAAAUAUGGUGAACAUUUUGGAAUUAAUAAAUUACUUAGAAAAGAAAGUGUAAUAAAAAAAUAUCAAAAUAAAAAUUUGACAUUAAAAGAUUUAAAUUAUAUAUCUUUACAAUCUUAUGAUUUUUUACAUCUAUUUAAGAAGUAUAAAACUUAUAUACAAAUAGGUGGGUCUGAUCAAUGGGGUAAUAUACAGUCAGGUAUUGAGCUUUGUCAAAAUAUUUACAAUCAACAAUUAUAUGGAUUAACAACAAAUCUACUAUUAUAUAAAAAUAAUAUUAAAUUUAGUAAAUCGUUAUUUCAAGAAAAUAAAAAGUUACCUAUAUGGAUUGACAAAGAAUAUACAUCUCCUUAUCUUUUCUGGAACUUUUUGCGAAAUGUAGAAGAUCAAAAGGUUCAAUCAUAUAUAGAUAUGUUAACUAAUUUAAAUAUAAAUUUAGAUGAAGAAUUAAAAAAUUCAAAUAAUGAGAAUCCGAAAAAUAUUAUUGCUUCUUCAUAUGACAAUAUAAUAAAUUCUGUUAAAAAAAAAAUGGCAGAUCAUAUCACAAAUACCAUUUAUGGAAAAUGUGUUGUUGAUAAAAUUCAUAAAAUAAAUAAAAUAAUUAAAAAUAAUAAGUUUAAUGAAAUUGAAAAUUUACAAGAGUUAAAAAUAUUACCAUAUAAUCAAAUUAAUAUAAAUUUAAUCAAACAAAAUAAAAUUAACAUUACAGACGUCUUGAAACUUUUUCAAAUUGCUAUGACAAAUAAGGAAGCGAAAGAAAAGAUAAAUCAAAAUUGUAUAUAUAUCAAUACAAAAUUAAUAACAAAUCCUAAAUAUAUAUUAAACAUUAUGGAUUUCUUAAAAACAAAAAAUGAUAAUUAUUAUUAUGUACUUCUUAGACUUGGAAAAAAAUCAUCCUAUUCUAUAAUAGCUAAAUCCGAUUAA